AUGGUUGCUUCCCCUACCAAUAUGAAUGAUUCGCUAGUCACAGAUACGGUUAUUGUCACAGCUACUGAUAUCGAUGUCACAGCACCUUCUACCAUUGAUGCUUUACAGCAAUGGUUAACUGAAAAGAUUCUCCUCCAUUAUCAGGUAAAUAUCGAUGAUCCGCUUCAAAUAAUUAUUCUAAACAAGUUUAAACGAGUGCUUUUAAUCUGUCCGGAUCACCAAAUCUCUCAACGCAUCAUGGAGACCUCCAGAGAAAGUUCAGAUUCGUUACGAUGCUUACAUUUCAAUUAUUCAAUGAUCGAUGGGAAGUACACUUCCAAGAAGGAAUAUUUACAACUGCCGCCACAAAAGAAGCUAUUCCUUAUAUCUCCGCCACCAUCGCCACCCCCUGAAUUUGACUACUCUCUUUGUGAAGGACCACCGAAUGCCAUGACAGGAUCCCAUCAUGCAUUAGUUCACGCACAAGAACUCAUGAGAGAUGAAGAUGGCAUGGAUUCAGAUAGUUCUAAGAAUUAUACUUUACUGAAUUCUAACGUUGGAAAAAUUACAUUAGACACGUGCCCAUUCAUUUCAAAACCCGUAAGCCUGUCGGUGGCUCAAGUCAGAACUCCGUUACCACCAAAAUCAGUAUUUGAUGAAGAUGACGAUGAGGAGAAUUGA